AUGAGGAACGGGAUCAGGUGUGUCUUUGAUUGCAGCACAUGUCUUGUGGUGUUUUCCCUGAGAUUAUUCCUGACCUGGGCUCUGCCUCUGAAGGACAGUUGUGUGCUUGUGGGUCCAGAGAUCCCGGAUUAUCGAGUUCAAGGUGAAGCGGUUAUCAUCAGAUUCCCUUUUCUUGAAGAUGUGGUGAAUCACAGGAGACUGCGAGUGGACAACAGCUCGAGCUUCCAGGUCCAUCACCACAGCCUGAGGAGCGAGAGGACUGACGGAGUGAUGCUGAGCGAGCGCAGGAUCCUGCUGCUCCCGUCUCACCCCUCACACUCUGGAACAUACAGCUACAUCUUCAGGAGCGACAGCUUCUGCCUCACUGGGAGUAUUACAGUGAUGAUCUACGAGACAGAGGAGCCCAACAUGACUGUGAUGCCCUACACCGCACACGCAGGAGAAGAUACCGAGAUCGUCUGUCCACAUCUCAGAUACUUCAGAAGGUCAGAGAAUCCAAGGUGGUACAAGGAUUUUCAGAGCACAGCUCUCCCUAUCGGCAAAGGACAGUAUAGAGUCGAGAGAGGCAUAAUUCUGUCCAUCAAAAACAUCUCUGUGAAAGAUGAGGGCUUCUACACUUGUAGGCUAAGUGUGAUUUUCAACAAUACUCAGUAUAACGUGAGCAGGACCUGGAGAGUUCAAGUGUCAGUCCCAGGAUCAGAAGCGGUCACCUCUAACAGUCUCAGUGCUUUCACAUCAUCCAGUGAUUCAUUCCCUUACAUCGUCUUUCCUGCAAACGGAUCCUUCACUGAAAGUCAUUUAGGCGCUCGUUUGGUGAUCCAGUGCUUGGUGUCUGUUGGAAACCAGCGAGCUCAGUCCACAGAUGUGACAUGGAUGGUUAAUGACCAGCCACUGGAAAACUCUUACCUGCGUGGACGUGCUUUUCAGACGGAUAAGAGUUUCUCAGGCAAGCAUCUGGAGGUGCAGCUGGUUAUCCUCGAGCUCCUGGAAGAGGACAGUGGGACAGAAUUGAAGUGCAUAUGUCAAAACGAAGACCAGAAACAGGAAGUUGUCACUCAGAUCAAACUGGAAGGCUCCGAGUCUGUGUGGUUGGUGGGAGCUGCAGCAUCCUCAUGUUUUUUACUAGUGGUGUUUGUUUUUGCGUAUCAUUUGUGCCAAAGGCCACAGAAACUAAGGGACUAUGUUCUGGCUCGACAGGACAGCACCAUCUGAAGACGGCUUCCCCUUCUUCAACAGUGCACCUCUCCUCAUCAUGGUUUAGCUACUCUGAUCUUUUGUGUUGAAUUGGUCUUGUUUUCCUGGAUCUCGGCUCACAGUUCCUUCUCUACUUGUCUUCGGCUGUUUCUUGCAAUCAUUACUCUCACAUACACGCUCCUGUGUCUCUAGUUCUUGUUUGGUCUGUUCUGUAUGUAUACUGGCAAGCCUUGGUUCCUUGCUUCCUUGUAUUUUGCUUUAAAAUUAAGCUGCACUUGGAUCCAUACAACCUCUGCUUCUUGAGCUAUUAUUACAACAUCUGUCCAGACUUCA